AUGGUUUCAUUCACAUCGGUAUUGAAGGAUACGUUCUUGCCCAUUGCUCCUCCAAAAGUCAAACCAUCUGAUCAAGAGCAGAACUAUGAACUUUCUUCAGUUUUCGUUAAUAAAAAUGAUCAAUUCGAUUAUGUGAAGCCGAUUGAUAAUCCGGGGGCAGUGAUCGGAAAUACAUCAGGUCAAAAAGAGGAGCUUUUCCAUACCGACAAUUAUUCAUUAAGUGAUGCUUCAACAUUAGUUACUCAAACCCAAAGAAGAUUAAAGAAUAGACAUGUUCAAUUGAUUGGGAUUUCUGGUGUUAUUGGGACGGCUUUGUUUGUUUCAAUCUCCAAUGGUUUAGUAAAAGGACCUGCAUUUUUGUUAAUUGGGUUUGCAUUAUGGUGUAUACCAAUCUUGUGUAUUACUGUAUCCACUGCAGAAAUGGUUUGUUAUUUACCAAUCAAUUCACCAUUUGUUAGGCUAGCUGGUCGUUGCUGUGAUGAUGCUUUAGAGUUUAUGGCUGGUUGGAAUUUUUGGUUUUUAGAAUGUGUUCAAAUUCCUUUUGAAAUUGUUUCUGUUAAUACCGUUAUUCAUUAUUGGCGAGAUGAUUAUUCACCAGUGAUAACAUUGGUUAUACAAGUUGCCCUAUAUUUCAUUAUUUCAAUUGUCACUGUUAAAGUUUAUGGUGAAACUGAGUUUUGGUUGGCUAUUGGUAAAAUUAUACUGGCUGUCGGUUUAAUGUUUUUCACUUUUAUCACGAUGGUUGGUGGUAACCCAAAGCAUGAUGCGUUUGGUUUCCGUCAUUGGAGAGAUCCAGGGCCAUUUAACACUUAUUUAUCAACGGGCUCAUUGGGUUAUUUCCAAGCUUUUGUUGCAGUUCUAUCUCAAGCAAGUUUUACAAUUGCAGGGCCAGAUUAUCUUUCAAUGGUUGCUGGUGAAACAGUUCUACCUCGUUCAUCAACAUUACCAAGAGCAUUCAAGCAAAUUUUUUAUAGGUUAACGUUUUUAUUUCUUGGGGGUUGUCUAUGUGUUGGUAUUCUUGUUGCUUAUGAUGAUCCUGAUUUAACCGCUGCUAUCAACAAUAGUAGACCCGGUGCUGGUUCAAGUCCAUAUGUCAUUGCAAUGGAUCACUUACACAUAAAAGUUCUGCCACAUAUUGUCAAUGGUGCAUUAGUUGUUGCGGCUUUCAGCGCUGGUAAUGCUUACACUUAUUGUUCAUCAAGAACUUUAUAUGGGUUAGCAUUAGAUGGUAAAGCUCCAUUCAUUUUUGCCUAUUGUAAUAAAGCUGGGGUGCCGAUCUUAGCAGUUCUGGUUUCUUUAGUUUGGUCAUUGUUAUCAUUUUUACAAUUGAAUAAUAAUUCAGCAGUUGUUUUGAAUUGGAUUAUUAACAUGAUUACUGCUUCACAAUUGAUCAAUUUCUCUGUUAUGUGUCUUACAUUCAUCUUUUUCCACAAAGCAGUUAAAGCUCAAGGAUUGGACCGUGAUAGUUUUACUUUUAAAUCUUGGUUUCAACCUUAUACUGCAAUUUUUGGUUUGAUUAGUGCUUUCACUAUGAUAUGGGUUGGUGGUUAUAAAGUUUUCUUGAAAGGUAAUUGGAAUGUUGAACAAUUUCUUUUCAGUUAUAUAGCUGUUUUCAUUGAUAUUGCUCUUUAUAUUUUUUGGAAAAUUUUAAAAAGACCAGCAUGGAAAAAACCUGAAGAAGUUGAUUUAGUUAGUGGAUUGAAAGAAAUUGAAGAUCAUGAAAGAGAUUACUACCAAAUGUUGGAAGAAACCAAAAAAACCAGUCCAGAAAAGACUAAAGUUCAAAAAGUUUGGAGUUCUGUUCUUGGAGUUUUAGUUGGUAAAGAUUGA